CGGCCUGGUACCAAAUGUUUCGUUUUGAGCAUUGGGCUGAUGAACAUUGGCCCUUUACUUCAUCGUUACCUAGCCAUUAUUCCCGCCAAAGUCAUUGGCACUCCUCAUUUCCCGCCACUCCUCAUCCCCUCUCCUGUCCUAGCCGUCCUCCGCCGCCCCCCAAUAUUUCCAAUCAUUGAGAACACAAGCGAAGACAUGGUGAUAGACGGAGUGGAAGCAGAUCAAAAGCAAAACAAUGCGAUACCUGAUGGAUUUAACUCUAAUUACCUGAAGAUCUAUUAUGGGAAAUUUUUUCCUUAUGCGGAUAUGCAUAAAUGGAUGUCAUAUGGAAACGAUAGAAAGCAUCCCGGAUGUGAUCAGUCUUAUUUUGGAAGAAGAGAGUUCUCCUUUACUUUGGAGAAUGAUAUAUAUCUACGUUUUCAGUCUUUUAAUGAUGCUAAUGAACUCGAAAAGUCCAUCAAGGAGAAGUGCCCCGUCAAAAUUGAUAUUGGACCAGUUUACAGUGUAGAUGUCAGAUAUGACCUUGGCAAUAUUUUUGUUUCUUGGUUUUCACUAAUCAGGCUGUUUACACUUCUGCAGCCAGCGAAGAGGCAUGCUUAUGCACAGUCUGGUAAUAAUAUUUUCACCCCAGUAGAGAGAGAACUUAUAUUUGAUAUAGAUAUAUCUGAUUAUGAUGAUGUAAGAUUUUGCUGCUCCGGAGCUGACGUUUGUCCAAAAUGCUGGCCAUUGAUGACAGUAGCAAUUAAAGUUAUUGAUACUGCACUUAGAGAUGACUUUGGGUUCAACCACAUUUUAUGGGUCUAUAGUGGUCGUCGUGGUGUCCAUUGUUGGGUUUGUGAUGGAAAAGCAAGACGGUUAAACAAUGAACAAAGGUCUGCCAUUACCGAGUAUUUGCAUGUUCACAAGGUUCUUCCUUCAUCCACUGCCUCCCCAUACCUAUGCUUUCUGGAAAUGAAAAUAGCCAGAAAAAAGUUACUCUAUCGAGCCACUCACUUCAUCCUUUCCUUGGGCAAGAGAUCAUAUGCUGAUGUUUUGAAAGAAUUCUUCGAGGAAGAGUUCAUUUUGAGCCAAGAUUUGUUUUCAACUGAGGAAAGAUAUGAAAAGAUAUUGGAAAUGAUUCCAGAUGAAACUAUUACUUCUGAGCUGAGGGGAAAGUGGCAGGACAAUAAACGGUCACGUGAUGAUGUGAAUGUUGUCCGGUGGGGCCAUAUUAAGCAUCUGCUGCAAUCAGGAAAGCAAAAGGUACAAAGUAUACGCAGGUGUGUUCAAGAGAUAGUGUUCUCCUUCACUUAUCCAAGACUUGAUCUGGAGGUUUCAAAACACAUGAACCACUUGCUGAAGGCACCCUUCUGCAUACACCCAAAAACAGGCCGUGUUUGUGUUCCUAUUGAUCCCAAGAAGUGUGAAGAAUUUGAUCCUUCUGCUGUACCAACUCUUGCAAGGAUUUUACGGAAUACCCUUUNAGAGCUCAACACGGGAGCCCUAGGAACUGGUAGCGAGGAAGAACUGGAAAAUUCAUCACUUGGCAAAUCAAUCAGAUAUUUCAGGUCAUCUUUUUUGCAGCCUCUGCUAAAGUCCUGCAAGGAAGAGAUUGAGAGUUCAUUUGCUGCUAAAGCUCAACAGUCAAAGAACGGCCUGAGCUGGUGACAGGCAGUCCCCAGUUAUAAUCUGACUCAUGAAGAUGAUUGCUUGUUUGCUUUUGUGAGGUCAUAUGAAGCAUUUAAAUAGUUGUAUUUGUUAUGAAUGCAUUUCAACUUGGGAGGGGAUUUGUUGUACAAUGUAUUUGGCGCAAAACACAAGUUUUAUUGGUCAUCAUGUUUCUUCGUGCCCUAUCGUUUUAUCAUAGAAAAUAGGUUCUUAUCAAUUGUUAUGUUUCUGCCUUUUCAGGGUUAAUUGUUGGUUGAUCCAAUCCUUUUGCCGUUGUGUUGGAAAUAUACAAACUAGAGUGACAUUUUUCUUUCCA